GGUUAUAAUUAAAAUAUGCAGCACUGAUCGUUUGAUAGUGUUUAUCAAGACCCUCUGUAACGUAAGAGGCGAAACCGAUCUCUGUGGUCUAAGGUUCUUGUUUCGCCAAAUCCUGACAAACAUCGUGUGUCAAGAUGAGUGCAGCGCCCAAACUCUACUUCGUUACUGUGACAAUUACUCCCAGUAAGGAAGGCAUUGACCUUCCUCGUUUUAUACAGAAAAUUAGUGGGAUUUUGGAAGAUUAUUCCAAUGCAACACACGUUGUUCACAAAUUUAAGGUUACAGGGGAAGCGAAAAUAUUAGCUGUUAUCCAGGUCAGCAACAUUCUGGGCUUUGAACGAACUAUUGGUGGUCUUUGGCGACUUGGGAGUGUACAAGUGACUAGCACACCCAUCGUCAACUAUGAGAAUUUUGCACAGUACUUGGGAGUAGAUCCUUCAAUUGUCUCAGCUCCUUCCCGCCCUCUUCCAAAAGAAAGUCUGUACUGGUGGAGUUUUAAUAUUGAAUAUGGUGGGAAAACAACUGAAGACCUUCUAGCAACUUGGAGGCGGGAAGCAGACUUUGUUAUGUCUGCAAGAGCAAAAGAUGGCUUUCCUAUUGAACUCUACAAAGUUGCAUCAGAACGAAAGGUCCAUUGCUUUUUGCAAGUAGAUGACCCUGCACGUCUGGAUCAGAUGGUCUACCAGCUUCCCAUUAUCAGAGAGAACGGGCAGAAUGUGACACUAGAAUGCAGAGCCAUUCAGUAUCUUAAUGACUAUUGUCAGCGCAUUAUGAGUGAAUCACUCUAGCUCGGAGGAGUUAUUAUCUCCCUUCAUGCACAGACAUUUCUGCAAGACAGUACCCAUUCAGUUUUUACCGCAGUGGUAGCACGUGCAUUUAAACUGUGAAAAUGUCAGCAUUAACAUAGAUAUUGCUGUGAAUGUUAUAAUUGUUAACAUCAUAUGACAACAUUGGUUAGUCCGCAUGUUAUUACUGUUUCCAUGGCAGUUUCAGACACCAGUAAAAGGAUACAUAAUGUAGAUGCAGGUGUGUUUGUACAAGUAUAUUGGUACACAAACAUGGAUCUGUUGAUAAGUAAAAGACAUUUUAUUUACCUUUUCACUGCAUGACAUUUGCAACUGGGCCCAAAUAGAGUACAGGCAGACAAAAGGAGACUAAAACCAGCUAAACCAUCGUUACAAGUGCUUUAUAUACAGUAAUUAAAUUAGUCAUAUCUUUUUCAAUAUUUUAUUUUUGCAUAUAGCGCAGCUAGAUAGCAAGUAUGUGUAUUGUUUUUUGUCCAAUGUAUGGAACUGUUUGGUUUUUUUUCAUACUUUGUAGUGAUCCAGUCUUGGAUGUCCACUCUUGUGGACAUGAUGGUUUGGUGGCUCAUCAAUGAGCACUUGUCACCAAAACAGUGAGAAUUAGCUGGCUGGGUUCAGAUCUUCUCAGAGACACACUGUUUUUUCUCUACAUGUGGCACCUGUUUACAGUACUAAGUGAUUUGCAAAGAUAUAGCCUUACAUGCUGGCUCAGCAUAAAACACCAGUUUCCUUUCUCCCUUGUAGACAUGACUUAAGCUCACUACCAGCUGUGACAGUUUGUUACCCUCUGCAUCUUUUUGUUUAUCAUUUUCAUUCUGUAAUGUUGUUUGUCAUUCUUAUCUCCAGGCAUAUCCAUUUUUAAUACUGUAUCUUAAUUUUAAUUUUGAAAAUCUUUUUAGAGAAGACAAAAUGCAAUCUCUUUAAUGUAAUGUUUCUUAGUGCUUUUGAAAAUUUUUUGUUUUGACAGAGGAGAAUAAGUUUUCUACAGCCUUGUUAUCAUGGGGAAAACUGGUAAGAGCCCUCAGCAUAUAUGCAAAAUUAUCCUAUCAUGAACACGUGUGAGUGCUCACCAGAACAUAAAAUGCCUGCAAGUAAAGGCAAAAUUACUUCCUUCUGCAUAGGAAAUGUAAUAUUUUAUUUUUCUUGGCGAAAAAUGUCGUCUUCUGUUGUAUAAUGUUCCUGGGUCAGCGACAAAACUCCAUUUGUGCAUAAUAGGUAACUUGCAUCUCUUUGUGAAAAAAAUAUUUGCACCUCUUAUGCAGAAUUUUUAAAUGUUGCAUACACUUCUUGUGGAGCUAAAGAGGUAUUUUUGGUAGCUUUGAAAAUUGACAUUAUAAGUGGCUCCUUUUUGCUUCGGCAUCACAAAAUCAUGAUGUGAAAACAUGAUUAUGAACUCACACUGCAUUAUGAAAGUGUUUAUCCAAUCAUUACUUUUUGGAUAGCUGAAGUGUCUGAAUGGCAAAGAAGACAUUCUGAAAAUGAAUGUUUCAUGCUUCAGCUUGUAUUUAUGCUGGUUUGUUUUGGUAUUGGUUUAAACAUACUAUUGCAUCUUAUAGUAAAUGCUGAAAUGUCAAGUAUCAGAUUUUUAGAAAAAGCUGUCAAAGAUGGAAUAAGUCACCUAGGUGCAGUAGUUUGAGAUUAUUUCAAAUUGUGUCAAAGUUUGAUUAACUAUCACAUUUUUUAAUUGAUGCAAAGCAUGGCAAAACUCAUUUCCAUUGUUGUGUAAGAACAAUGCAGAGACAAAAAUAAAACUAAUAUAACUGCUGAAA